AGUUCUUUCGCUCUCCUUUCUUUCUUUCUUUCUUUCUUUUCUUUCUUUUCUUUCUUUUCUUCCUUCCUUCUUUUCCUUCGAGAGCGAAGCAAGCGGGCGAUGUGGCUCCUCCGGCUGCUGCUGCCCAUCGCCUGGGCGUCCUGCACUCUCCCCGCCGCUGCCCAGCAGUUCAGCCCCGAGGCCUGGCUGCAACAAUAUGGGUAUUUGCCCCCGGGCAACCUUCGCACCCAUACCCAGCGUUCUCCCCAGUCGGUGUCGGCCGCCAUCGCUGCCAUGCAACGAUUCUACGGACUUCGAGUGACAGGCACAGCUGACGGGGAGACUAUGAAGGCUAUGAAGAGGCCUCGUUGUGGCGUCCCGGAUAAAUUUGGAGCGGAAAUUAAAGCCAACGUGAGGCGCAGGCGCUACGCGAUCCAGGGUUUCAAAUGGCAGCAGAUGGAUCUUAGUUUCUGCAUCCAGAACUACACACCCAAGGUUGGCGAACAGGCCACCUUUGCCGCCAUCCGACGGGCCUUCCGUGUCUGGCAGUCGGUGACGCCGCUGCGUUUCCGCGAGGUGCCCUACUCGUCCGUGCGGGAGGGUCGUGAACCGCAGGCGGACAUCAUGAUCUUCUUCGCCGACGGCUUCCACGGGGAUAGCACCCCGUUCGAUGGCGAAGGCGGCUUCUUGGCCCACGCCUACUUCCCGGGGCCCCACAUCGGCGGCGACACUCACUUUGAUGCGGCCGAGCCCUGGACCUCUCGCAACGAUGACCUCAGCGGAAAUGACAUCUUCCUGGUCGCCGUCCAUGAGUUGGGUCACGCACUGGGGUUAGAGCACUCGAACGACCCUUCUGCCAUCAUGGCCCCUUUCUACCAGUGGAUGGACACGGAGAACUUCGAGCUGCCAGAAGAUGACCGGCGGGGGAUACAACAGCUCUAUGGAUCUGAAGGUGGCCAUCCCACCAAGCCUCCCCCGAUCCCUCGGACUACUCCAAAACCCCGAAACCCUCACAGGCCCCCCAAGAACCCGACUUACGGCCCCAACAUCUGCGACGGACGGUUUGACACGAUUGCGGUACUCCGGGGUGAAAUGUUUGUCUUCAAGGAUAAAUGGUUUUGGCGAGUACGUAAUAACCGCGUGAUCGACGGAUAUCCCCUCCCGAUUGGUCAGUUCUGGGUCGGUCUUCCUGCGUCGAUCAACACGGCCUACGAGAGGAAAGAUGGGAAAUUUGUCUUUUUCAAAGGGGACAAACAUUGGGUUUUCAACGAAGCCAACUUGGAGCCGGGAUACCCGAAACAUAUCAAGGAGUUAGGAAGGAGGCUCCCCACGGAUCGGAUCGACGCUGCCCUUUUCUGGAUGCCGAGUGGAAAAACAUACUUUUUCCGGGGAAAUAAGUAUUACCGCUUCAAUGAGGAGACCCGAUCUGUCGACGCGGAUUACCCUAAAAACAUUGAUGUUUGGGGGGGAAUUCCCGACUCACCCCGAGGUGCAUUUAUGGGCAGUGACGAAGCCUUCACCUACUUUUACAAGGGAGACCGUUAUUGGAAGUUUAACAAUGAGAAACUCAAAGUUGAACCAGGAUACCCCAAGUCAGUGCUGCGAGACUGGAUGGGAUGCACUACCGAUGACCGUCGCGAGGGAGAAGAAGUCAUCAUCAUUGAGGUGGACAAUGCUGAGGAACGCGGGCUGAAUGCCGCCGCAGUGGCGAUCCCCGUCCUGCUGCUCCUCACCAUCUGUGCCGUGGGAGUCGCCAUUCUGAUCUUCAAGCGUUACGGCACGCCCAAACGGUUGCUCUAUUGCCAGCGGUCACUGCUGGACAAGGUGUGACCGACCUUUCGAGAUGUUUCAGGAGGACAGGUCUCACCUGCUUUCCACCCUGUCUACCUGCCUGUCACAAUUCGGGUCCGGUCUCUUUGUUGCCACCUUUUGAGUCAUCUUUCUCCUGGCACCCCAUAUUCCUCCCUGCUUCUUCGUCCCGUUUGCUGUUGGAUGUCUUGUCCGGCUCGCCUGCUUGCCAGCCAUCAGCCACGUUCUCUCUCCGAGAGCUUUUCUUGUCCACGGUGGUCCUCCUUCUUUCCUUCCUGUCUUUCCCUCAGCCUCUCUUUCCUUCCCACGACAUUUCCGUUAUCCAUUCUCACCCCACUGGGCAAGCGGGUGUGCUGAGCACACCCCUUAAUUAAUCUGAUGAGGCAGAAAGUUGAGGAGCCCACUUUACGGGGCGUUAUGGCCAGGCUAACCUCAUGGCUACCCAUCUGUUGACCUCGUAGAGAAUGGACACGCCUCAUGACCUUCCCGCUUGCUUGCAAAACCGGUGGCCCGAAGUCCAUACCGCGAACACUUUUAGUUCUCCCGACCAUCCCUUGGAAUUUCAAAUCUAAAAAUUGGUCUCUAGGUCUCUCUCUCUUGCCACCUUGCUGGUCCUUCCUUCUGAGGGCAAACGGUGGAAAAUCAUCUCAUCCACGUUGCCGAACCAGAAACCAUAAUGGGUAGGGAAGUUGCAGGUUGUGGGCCCAUAGGUGGGCAAAGCGUUAUUAGAGCUCAGUUCUAGAGAUCCAUGGAUCUGGAAAGGAAGUACGGUGUUUCCGAAGGAGACCUUCUCCUGCCAUUGGGCGAGAGGGAAGGAGGAACUGUGGGUGACCGGCGAUGGAGUCUUACCGAUCAAAAACAGCAGGGAGGAAAACGGGUGGGAUGCUAGGGUUGGAGGGUCGGUCCCAAACGCCAACUUUUCUUGGGGAGGGGGCAGCGAAGAAUCAUAAAGGGCCUAACGGGUCAGGUGGGAAAGGGGGUCAGCCGAGCUUUCCUCAUGGUGUAAUGAAUGGACCAUUGGUACCUAGAUCAUAGUGGAAAAUGGGGCAUGUUUGAGAGAGAAAGAGAGGGAGGGAGGGAGAGAGGGACCAAGAUUAUGUGGGCUACAGGAGAUGUUUGCCAAGACCAGUUGUCCCAUCCGGGUGCCUUCCAGAUGUUGAGAUCCGGGAUCAUCCAAAAAUUCAAGAUGGCCGCCAUCAUUGACCGCCAUCUUGAUUUUUUUUUCAACCGCCCCAAGUUUGGGCUCAAUUUUUAAGGCUUGUUGGACAUUUUGGCCGAGAAUUUGGGGACGGAGUCCUCCAUUUCCCUGGAAGACACCUGACUGGUGAUCAGGUUGACCCGCCAAAUCCAGAUGUUGGCAGGGCCGCUUCUGGAAGUGUUAACUUCUCCAGCUGACGAUAUUAGCCUGGUGUUUACAGUUGUCCCUUAAAACAGGGGUUCUCCAACCUUGGCAACUUUUUAAGACUUUACGGUCUUCAAAUGCCAGAAUUCCCCAGCCAGCAUGUCUAACUGAGGGAUUUUGGGAGUUGAAGUCCACUGGCAUUGUAAUUUAAAACAGGGGUCCCCAACCUUAGCUACUUUAAGACUUUACGGACUUCAACUCCCAGAAUUCUCUAGCCAGUGUGGCUGCCUGAGGAAUUCUGGGAGUUGAAGUCCACUGGCAUUGUCAUUUAAAAUGGCCCCCAACCUUAGCUAUUUCAAGACUUUACGGACUUCAACUCCCAGAAUUCCCCAGCCCAGCAUGUUUGCCUGAGGAACUCUGGGAGUUGAAGUCCACCCAUCUUAAAGUGGCCACAGUUGGGGACAUGUCUGCCUGAGGAAUUCUGGGAGUUGAAGUCCACCCAUCUUAAAGUGGCCAUGGUCGGGGAUCCCCUGAUUUAAAAUCUAUUCCAGAUUCUGCGAAAAUGAACCGAAAGCAGCAUUUUUUUUUUUUGCAAAACGAGGGUUGGGGCGGGAGAGAUAAAUUGCACCGGAGAACUGCCUCAAACUGCCUUAUGAUCCUGUGUCUUGAUUUAUUAUUUUUAAGUAUGUAAUUUUAAUUAUUAUAUAGAAAUGCCUUUUUUUUUUAAAGAAAAAAAAUGCAAGGGAUUAAAAAUAGCACAUUAAUGGGAUGUGGGGAAAUUAGAAUAGGCAUAGGAGGAGAAUGUCGAAAUCCUGCAGGCCGGGAACUGGGUGCCUUAAAACCCACCCACCCCCAAUUCCUGCUCAGAGUAUUUUUAAUAAGGGCAGGGGGGUGGUGGAUUUAUAUAAAUAUUUUCGAAAGGGGUCUCCAAACGGAAUUAAACUGUGUUUAACGAUCGAAUUGUUUCUGGGUGGGGUGGGGGGUGGGGCUUAAUAUUGUUUAUUGUUCAACUUUUUAUUAUUAUUGUUAUUAUUUUGUUAUUAAUAAUAAACACCCGUUCUUUCAAAGGGAUAUAUUAUAUAUAUAUAUGUAUAAUGUCAAAUGGCGACAGCUGGUAAUGUAGGCUGUUACAUUACAAUACGUUCUGUUAUUCCAUUUUUUUACGUUAGCAAUAAUAAAUUAAAAAAAAAAACCACACAAACAAUCCAUUUCUGGGUGGAAAUGGACUUGAAACGCUGGAAGUUUUAAAAGAUUUAUUUUACUUUUGGCCCCUGCCUACGUUGUCUGGAACUGUUUUGUUACUUUAAAAAAAAAAAACUUUUUAAGAAACGGCAAAGUUAGUUUUUCCCCUUUUACGUUUUUUUUAAAAAAGAAAAAUAAUAAAUGCUGGAUUUUCCCCUCUUUUUUAAAA